AUGGAGCCUAUCCCCAUACCGCAGUCGAUUGAUCUUACAGCUGAUGCUGUUUAUGAGGCCUCGAGGAUUGCAUCAUCGGGUGAUAUCAGCUUGCAAGGAGCGGUGGAGAUGGCGUUGCUAGGAUGUGUAUGCGAGUGUAUAGGAAAAAGACCUGCUGAAGUGCUGUCGUGGUAUGGUGGGGCAAACGGAGAGAAAAUUUCACAAGUCGUGAAAAUCAACCAGAUGUACACUCGCGAGGAAAACCAAGGCGGUGCUCAGCAGGGAGGUUGCGUGAAAUUGAAAGUCGGAGAAAAUCCAAUACGAGACGCUGAAAAAGUCAACUCUGCCGCCACUGGUUUGGUCGGGACUGGUCGGCUAAGGCUGGACGCUAAUCAGUCCUGGACACCAGAUGAAUACCACACUUUCGCCACUUCACUGAGUGAGAGUACCAAGGCUAAGAUAGAGUAUAUAGAGGAACCCACUGUUACAUGGAAUGACGACUUGGUUCGAUUCGGCAUCUCUAUUGCUAUGGACGAGAGCCUCGCCACUGCAAAGAGCUUCCCUGCUUGUGAGAGAACUGAUGUUCACUUCGUGUUGAAGCCAGGGGUGAUCGGUUGGCGUCGUGCAUGCCAGUACGUGGCGUCUUAUCCUCAUUGUUGCUGCCUAUCUAGUAUGUUCGAGUCAUCGUUAGCUAUGUAUUGGUAUACAGCAUUGGCCAGUCUAUGCGGAGAUGAGGUCUAUCACGGUCUUAGUACUUCUGGUAGAGUCAUUGAGCCUAGGAAGCGGACGUAUGAGGACAUCACCAAGAAGAGCGGAGGCCAAUGGUUUGUCAAUGUACACGAAUGUGAGGAAGAACUGAAGACUAUCACGGCGGCUAUAGUGCGUGAAAGUGAUGAUUUCUCUAUUUUCUGA